AUGCUUGCAACUGACCUUUUAGUACAUGUCUUCUGAUGUUAGCCUAAGUACAGGCCCCUUUUGUUCUGUUCAGGAUGGGGAAAGGUGCUGUUCACAUAAAACUAUGAAUCAGAAUUGGAGUACGCAGCUAAGUAAACUGCAACCACGAGCUACGAGCAGAAGUUUAGUGAUCGGUGUGGUUUCUGAAUGACUGGGGGCUUAAAUGAGCAAACUUGAUGAAUAAGCAUGCAGUAGCACAGUGACACGGAGUAAGAGCACAUGUGGAGGGGACUGCUGCCUGAGCAGAGAGGAGCACAGGAGACCCAGGACCUCCUGGACCAGUUCCAGGACCUUCUGGACCAGACCCAGGACCUUCUGGACCAGACCCAGGACCUUCUGGACCAGACCCAGCAGAGAAAGAACACGCCGACGCCAUGGCUCUGCAUCAUUUUCUCCUUCUUGCUUUCAUUGUCAGUGCAGCACACUUCCAGGUGAUGACCAGUUCCACAUGUCAUGAACAUGAAUAUUACGACCGAACUCUCAAACAAUGCUGUGGGAAGUGUCCUGAAGGUGCGGUGAAACGCUCCGCUUGUAUUCAGGACAUUGAUAAGGAUUGUGCAGAGCCUUGUAGUGCUGGCGAGUUCAUUAACUGGAACAGAUCACCUCCUCAAUGUGCAACAUGUAACAAGUGUAAUAUAGGAGAUCAGCUUGUGGAGGUUCAAAGCUGCUCAUUGCAUACAGAAGCAGUGUGCCAGUGCCAAGAUGGGCUCUACUGCCAGAGCCCUCUAGGGAAAACGUGUGUACGGUGUAAGCGCCACAAAGAGUGCCCACCUGGGCAGGGAGUAAAGACAAAAGGGACUUCAGAAAAGGACACAGUAUGUGAAGCAUGCCCCCGUGGCACGUACUCCUCCAUCAACUCCGCCACAGAAAACUGUAAACCGCACACCGACUGUGCUAACUUGCAUCAAAAGACAUUAAGGCAAGGGGACUCCAUGACAGACACAGUUUGCAAAACAUCUGGUUUUACAACUCCGGAUUCAGAGAAGAAAAAUGAUGUCUUGGAUAACAGGAGGUCUGGAGAGAAUGCAGGCACAAUCCCUUCAGCAGAGCAGAGAUAUACAACACCCAGGGUCCAUAUAGUCCACCAUAUCUCUGAAACAUCUACUGCAUCUUUUGCUACGACUUCAGCCAAAGAUGAAGAAGGCAUCAAAGGUAAAUGGAAUGGCGGUUACAUUGUGGCCGUGAUAAUCUGCAUCCUAAUCCUUCUCGUAGCCAUUGCCAUGAUCCUCAAGCAGAAGCUAUGUCGUCUGAAGCUGUGGAUAAAAAAUACACAUUUCAUCCAGCCAAAGACCAAACCUCCCAGAACUGAGUUCACUUACCAGGAAGAUGAUAAAGAGAAAAACUUACUGGAAAGGCAAAACUCUGCUCAAUCCCAGCUAGUUACCCUGGAGUUGUACCAGAAAACGGAGGGAGGACAGACUGAGCGGGCAGCAGACGAUAAGAUGGAAAUGCAGCAAGGACGAGACCAUCUCAAUAACAGAAUCGAAAAAAUCUACAUAAUGAAUGCAGACACGGUUCUUGUGGGAUCCAUAUCGGAAGUCCCUGGCAGAUCCCAAAGAUCGGUAACAGUGGAGAGCGAAGAGAAGCAAAGCCUGGUGUUUGAGUCUCGGUACCCAGAGCAGGAAUCCAGCAAGGUGCCAGGAAAUGAUCUCAUGUUAUCUAUUGAAGAGGAAGAAACGGGGGGCACCACAGCCAAGGUGAUCCUGCAAGGCUAAUGGUAUCAGAGGGGAUACCGAGGAAGCACAGGAGGUCUGCUCUGUUCACGUUGCACUGUUGGUGUGGCCUACGUCGCUGAACUGAUACUACAAGACAAGGUUUAUAUAGACGACUGAUGCUGCUCACACCCAGGAUAAGUCACAUCUGUUGGUCCAGAACGGUUAAGUUGGAUGUGCAAACUUUGUUUUAUAUACUGAGAUUAACUAAUUGUUCCUUCUAGUACUACUGUGUGCAGCUUCUGGAGGAACCUUUGUUUUCCUAAGAAAAUCAUGGCAAUAUCCUAGUUCUGUACAGUCACAAAUCACAGUUCUGCCAUCCUUCUGCUGAAAUACUGGCCAAGGCCGGAGGACCCUUUUAGCUUCCAGCUUGUAACACUCUCAACACAUCGCAAAUCGGUUCCUAAUCAGUGCAGCUUAUGUCCCCACAACAUCCCAGAUAGCAAGAUAUUGUGCUGCAAGUUUGAAAAUGACCUGCCAUGCUAUUGCCAGACUUCACAAGUUUGUUGCACAAUUGCAGCAAGUCCAAAUUGCAUCAACUUUCUUUGCAAACAUCCUGCAAGUCCGCUGCAUGUUCUGGUUCAGUUACGUUGUGCAACAGUCAUUUCACCACAUGGGGGUCACUGGGACUUGCAGAGCUCUUGAUGUAGACUCACCACUGCAACUUUGCUCUUGCUAGAGACUUGCCACGCAAAUU